AUGUCCGAUUUGUCUAAAUGGGAACCAGUUAUACAAAAAACAUUAGCAAAUAUUCGAAGUACAUUGUCUCAAUUGCAUACAAUAUGGGAAGAAAUAGGAUUCACCGAAGAAGCGCGUUCGGUAUAUUGCGAACAAGCAUUCAAUCAUAUAGAUGAUUUACUACACGAUAUGGUUUCAGAAUCAGAGUUGAAAAAAGAAAUGUUAUUAGUUAAUGUUAGGGACUUAAUGAAACAAAUAGCUAUUUUAACAAAGGAAUUAGGAACAGAUAUUGUAACUGCUGGGUAUGAACACUUACCAUUGAAAGAAAUAGAACAAGUGCUGCGCACUGAUCUACAUAAAUUACAAUACUGUAAGGAGCAACGUAUGGAACACUUAAAAGAAUUACUUGUAAAGGAAAAAUCCCUUUGUAAAGUGUUAGGCACCCAGCCAAUUAAUAUAGAAGAAAAAUUACCUACAGAGGAAGAGCUUAAUAGUUUCAAACUUUAUCUUGAAAAACAAGAAAACGAAAAAAUUCGUUUAGAAACUAUUUUUAACGAAAUGCGUAGAGCAAUUGUUAGAAUGAUGGAUGAUUUAGGCAUACUUCCUUCAUCAAGUUUUGAACAUUUAGUAUAUAAAAACAAUGAAAAUUUUGUGUUUAACAAUACUAAUAUGACUAAAUUAAGAGAAUUAAGGGAUAAACUAAAAAAUGAAGUGGAUACAGCCAAAGAACAUGUAGAAGAUAUUAAGCAAGAGUUAAUUGCAUUAUGGAAGUACCUUGAUGAACCUGAACAUAUUUGUCAGUCAUUUAUUAAUAGUUAUGUGGGCUAUAGUAUGGCAACCAUAAAUGCAUUAACUAUAGAAUUAGAACGUUGUAAAGAGAAAAGAAAGCAAAAUAUUUCCAAAUAUGUAUCACAAGUAAGAUCUGAACUAGUUAAAUUAUGGGAUUUAUGUAAAUUCAGUGAACAACAAAGGAGACAAUUUAUACACUUUAAUUCACAAACAUAUACAGAAGAUUUAUUAACAUUACAUGAAUUAGAAGUAAAACGAAUCCAAGAGUUUUAUGAGACUAAUAAAUCUAUAUAUGAUCUCUUAGAAGAACGUGAUAAUUUAUGGAUAAAAAUGAAAGAAUUAUUGCAACGUGCAAAUAAUCCAGAUAGAUUUUAUAAUCGUGGUGGUCAAUUAUUAAUGGAAGAAAAAGAACGUAAAACUAUUCAGAAAAAAUUACCAAAAAUUGAAGAACAAUUAAGAAAUCUAAUAAAGGAAUAUGAAAGUGUGCAUGGGGAAGUAUUUACCAUAAAUGGAAUGUCAAUAGAGGAAUUAUCUAAGGAAUCAUGGGAACAUUUGAAUGAAGAGAAAGAAACAAUAAAGAAGGCUAGAAAAGAAACAAAAGAUAGGUCAUUAAAAAAAGCACCACUAAGUGCUUCUAAAAAGACUGCUUUAAGCUCAUCUAAAAAAAUACCAGGUAUAUUAAGUACUCGUCGCUAUACACCACUUAAUUCUUCAAAAAGAAAACUUUUGUUUAGUCCUUCACCAAAUACUUCUGCAAAACGUAGGAAUAUAAGUAUAGGAGCAAAUGGAUCUAAAAGUAAAAGAAAAAUUCCUAAAAGGAUAGUACAAGUAAAAAGUAGUCAUAAGAAAGAAAAUUCUAUGUCACAAAGUUCAGCUGUUACUGAGACUACGUACAGUCAAUUUAAAGAACAUUUAGAGGAAAGGAAAGAACUACGUAGUUCUUUAUUGCCAGAACAAAUAUUAGCAAAUGCAAGUAAAUCUAAAAUGCGAACACCAGUACGAACACCUGCUAAGCCAUUACGAAAAAAUUUACCAUUAGCAACAACUCCAACAACUUCAAAAUUGUCACAGUCACAAAUGCAUAAAUCACCUCGUAGUCCUAGAAUUGCAGCAACAUCAAGGCUUGCCACAGUAUCGACACCUUUACCCAUAAUUUUUUGA